AAGAUAGGAGAGGAAAAAACCGGAAAUCUCUCUCUCUCUCUCUCUCUCUGGAAAGGUCUUUGAUUCCUCUGCACCCAUAAAUGCACAACGUCCCCUUUUCACUAACUUCUAACUUUUCCCUUCAAACCUUCGUUCAAAGAAACUCUGUUUCCUCUAUCUUUUGCUGUCUUUUUUUUUUUUUAUCUGAGUCUCUGACUAGUCUCUGCUAUUUUCCCGUCUCUGCAUAUAUUUUGCUCUUCAUCAACCCUACUAGGAUCCUACUAAAAAGCCUAUUACCCUCCUCUUCUCUCCCUUAUAUACACAACGCAAAAAUUCACAUAUAUCAUGAUGAGGCACUCAUGAUAUAAUCACUACCCAUAGUCAUAGCCUUCCUUUUCAGCUCUCGAUCUUGCUUUCUAUUUACUUACCUGUUUAUUCCUGCUGGAUCCUCUUCUCUUCACACCCCCAAACUCUCUCGUUCUCUCUCCUUUAUUGUUUCACCAAUAUAAGAACUAGUAGAUCUUUUCCUAAGCCAGAUCUCCACCACCUUCAUGUUGUUCGGCUCAAACCCUAUAAUGAUACCUCCAUCACCCUUGCCUGACCUCUCCUUACAAAUCAGCCCUCCUUCGGCUUCUGAUUUUGAAGCUAAGAAAGUGAUCAGCUGUGAUGGAAGUACAAGAAAAGCAGUAAUCUACAGCGACAGGAGCUCAACCACCGACUCCGGAAGCAGCGGGAGUGAUUUAAGCCAUGAAAAUGGCUUCUUCCACCCAGAGAGGAAUUAUGAUCAUCUGGGUCUUUUUGAGCCCAUGUUAAGCUUAGGACUUGAAAUGGCAGAUUCAAGUCCCCCACCCAUGAAAUUAAUACCAAGAAACCACCAUCAUCACCAGCACAAUCAUCAACCUCAAAUCUGCGGCCGCGAGUUCAAGAGAAAUGCAAGAUUGAUUAGCGGGAUGAAAAGAAGCGUCAGAGCUCCUAGAAUGAGAUGGACUACGACUCUCCAUGCCCACUUUGUUCACGCAGUAGAACUUCUUGGUGGCCAUGAAAGAGCGACUCCGAAAUCUGUCUUAGAGUUGAUGAAUGUGAAGGAUCUAACCCUAGCUCACGUGAAGAGUCACUUGCAGAUGUAUAGAACAGUGAAGAGCACUGACAAAGGAUCAGGUCAGGUGCAGACAGAAAUUGCUUUGAACCCAAGGCCAGGGUUGGUCGAUUUGGAUCAGGGGGUAUUAGCUUGUGAGAAACCUAACCCAGUACUGACAACGCUACAAAUAUUCCAAAGAAUGCAGACAAGCAGUUGGAGUACUAAUAGAUCAAGUCGUCAUGAAAAUGCUUUGACACAUUCUCAUUUAAAGGCAAACGAUACCAAGGCGGACGGCCACAUGAAUGCAGUAGUAGUGUCUGCAGAUGGCGUGAAGGAGGAGAGGCGCCUGCUGGAUUCUAGCUCCAAUAUGUCAGCAUCGAACACCUUGCUUAAUUUGGAGUUCACCCUUGGAAGGCCAAACUGGCUGCAAAUGGAGCACUGCGUUGAAUCUUCAAAUGAUCAGUUAACGACCCUUCUCAAAUGUUAAACGACAGUACUAGCUAGUGCUAGUACUACCUACGAGCUAGAGAAAUCAUGGACGUCGUCUAAUCUUCAUGCUUUUCUGUUCUUAUAUUAUUUGAAGUUGAUG